AUGCCAGAUUUCAAUCCAGAUGACUACAAGCAGUACGACGAGUACAUUGUUACCGAAAUAGAAGAAGGAUUCCGCCACGUUCAGCUCAAUAACCCCAAAUCCCUCAAUGCUUUUAAGGAGUCCACUUGGAGGCAAUAUCAUGAUAUUUUAGUGAAGUUAGACGCUGAUCCAGAAACAAAUGUAAUUCUUAUCUCCUCUACUCUGAAGAGGGCAUUUUCUUCGGGGUUAGACUUGAAAGAUGCUAUUAAAACUAUGGCCCUGGCAGGAAACGUAGACGAUAAAGAACGCUACAAAUCUUUACAUAAACAUAUUGUAGACUUCCAGUACUGCAUUGGAACCCCUGCACGUAUCAACACUCCUACAAUUGUGCUUAUGAACGGGAUUAAUUUAGGAUUGGCAUUAGAUAUUGCUGCUGCAUGCUCAAUAAGAGUGGCUACACAAGAUGCGAAGUUUUCCAUAAGAGAAAUCAAAAUUGGAAUCCCUGCCGAUAUUGGUUCUUUACAAAGAUUACCUGCGGUAGUGAAUAACAAGUCUUUACUUUACCAAUAUGCUCUCACUGGGGGUAAUUUUGGACCAGAAGACGCUGUAAAACUUGGGUUUGUAAGCGCAGUUUUACCUGAUUUAGAAUCUGGUCUUGCUUACUGCACAGAACUCGGUGAGGAUAUCUCUGGGAACCAAACUUGGGCAAUCAAGGGUACUAAAGCAAGUAUUCAACAUAUUCUUGAUGGAGGGAGUGUGGAACAAGGAUUGACCAACAUUGCUCAUUACAACGCUACAAAUAUUGAUGGGAAGUUCAUUAAUGCUAUCAGGGGAGUAUUUAAGUUAUAG